GGCAGAUAAGGAAAUUAAAGAGGAAGGAAAUGCUUCGCCCUUGACACACUAAAGUAGGAAUCGGAACGCGUGAGGGUCAAUUUUAUAAUACAGUGUAUGGAUACAAAGCUGAAAUUGAGGAGAAUAACCGACACGUCGUUUGGUUUCUUAACCGAAAGCAAUCAGUUUCAACUUUCAACAGAACAACCAUGAGUUCAGGCAGCACGGAAAAGCAGAAGGACAAGGAGAAGGCGAGGGUGAGUCGCACGUCGUUGAUACUGUGGCACGCACAUCAAAACGACGCCGCGGCGGUGCGGAAGCUCCUGCAGGAGGAUCCGUCGCUGGUGAAGGCUGGAGAUUAUGACAACCGUACGCCGCUCCACGUGGCCUCCCUACACGGCUGGAUCGACGUCGCCAAAUGCUUGAUUGAAUUCGGCGCUGAUGUCAACGCGCAGGAUCGUUGGAAAAACACUCCUCUGGCUGAUGCAGAGGGAGCUAAAAAGACUGAAGUGAUCGAGCUUUUGAAAUCGCAUGGAGGCUUGUCUUAUGGCCAAAAUGGAAGCCAUUUUGAACCGAAGCCUGUUCCGCCGCCGUUGCCGAACAAGUGUGAUUGGGAAGUAGAACCUACUGAGUUGGACUUCUCUAAUUCAGCGCGUAUUGGAAAGGGAUCUUUUGGUGAGAUUUUAAAAGCCCAUUGGCGUGGAACACCAGUUGCUGUCAAACGCAUUCUUCCAUCUCUUUCAGAAGAUAGAAUGGUGAUUCAGGACUUCAGGCAUGAGGUCAAUUUGCUAGUGAAGCUUCGACACCCCAACAUAGUUCAGUUUCUUGGAGCUGUUACUGACAGGAAGCCCCUUAUGUUAAUUACUGAGUAUCUAAGAGGGGGUGAUCUUCAUCAAUACCUAAAAGAAAAAGGUUCACUUAGUCCUUCAGCAGCUAUAAACUUUUCGAUGGAUAUUGCUAGAGGAAUGGCUUAUCUUCACAAUGAGCCAAAUGUUAUUAUUCAUCGAGACCUAAAGCCAAGGAAUGUUCUUUUAGUCAAUUCUAGUGCUGACCAUUUAAAAGUUGGAGAUUUUGGAUUGAGUAAGCUUAUCACAGUCCAGAGUUCUCAUGAUGUAUACAAGAUGACUGGUGAAACUGGGAGCUACCGCUAUAUGGCUCCUGAAGUUUUCAAACACCGGAGAUAUGAUAAGAAGGUUGAUGUGUACUCCUUUGCAAUGAUUUUGUAUGAGAUGCUUGAAGGUGAACCACCUUUUGCAAGUUAUGAACCUUAUGAUGGAGCAAAACACGCAGCUGAAGGAUUCAGGCCUAGUUUUCGGGCAAAGGGUUACAUCCCUGAAUUGCAAGAGUUAACGGAGCAGUGUUGGGCUGCUGACAUGAAUCAAAGACCUUCCUUCAUAGAGAUCCUUAAACGGCUUGAAAAGAUCAAGGAAAAUUUACCCUCAGAUCAUCACUGGCACUUGUUCACUUCAUAAAUAUUUUCCGAACAUUAAUAUGUUCAGAAAUUCAGAUGAUUUACUUGGCAUUACCAUUCAGGCGGUUUGCCUUCCCUAUUGCUGCUGGGUUUAUGGAUUGGUAGAGCUAACUGGAAAACCUGCAAAGUCAAUACUUAUUUUCAACUGUGUGGAUUAAUGAACAGAACAGGCAAUGUAGAUUGCCAUUUUCUGGUUUCUACGCUCCAUUGCUUUUUAUCUCAUUAAAGCUCCCGUUCCAUUCAAGGGAGCAUAUUCAAGUUGUUGCUUUAGUGUAAUGCGUUUUAAGUGUACAAACAAAUUGAGGAAGUAGGCCACCACAUAUGCUAUCCGCUGUUUUAUGUUUCAUCUUUCGUUUAAAAAAUCAAUAAUAGUUUCCUUUUUUGUAUUAUGUUGUACCAAUUCCUGUGGUGUAAAUGG